AUGGCCGACCAGCUCCGGCGCGCGCCGGCGGUGCUGCUGAGUCUGACGCUGCUGCUGACCGCAGCGGCCGGCUACCCCGACGUGCAGUCCCGCCCGCUGGUCGCCACGCGAGAGGGCAUCGUCAGGGGCGUGGCGCGGCGCAGCGCCGCCGGCGGCCUCUUCUUCGGCUUCAAGGGGAUCCCGUACGCGCGCGCGCCGCUCGGGCCACUCCGCUUUCAGCCGCCGCAACGCCACCCGGGCUGGGCGGACGUGCUGGACGGCCUCAAGCACGGCCGCACGUGUCUGCAGUACAACGCCUUUAAGAGCAACAGUCUGGAGGGCGACGAGGACUGUUUGUUCGCCAACGUGUACACGCCGCAGCUGCCGGCGCUGGAGAGAGCCGUUGGAGGUUUGCCAGUCAUGGUUUUCAUACACGCCGGUGGCUUCACGAUGGGCAGCGGAGACGAGGAGAUAUACGGACCGAACUACUUCAUGGACGAGGCUGUGGUGCUGGUGACCUUCAACUACCGACUUGGAUCGUUCGGAUUCUUCACGACACGCGAUAAGAACGCUCCCGGCAACUACGGUUUGCUAGACCAGGUGAUGCUGCUGCAGGGGGUCCGGGAUAAUAUCGCCAGAUUUGGCGGAGACCCUGCUACGGUGACCGUUUUCGGCACGUCAGCGGGAGGGGCCAGUGUCUCGCUUUUGGUGCUGAGCCCCCUGGCGAAAGGUCUGUUUCACCACGCCAUCAGCCAGUCAGCUAUAGGAGACCGAGUAUUUGUUGUUCCCAUGUCGGAGGAGGUGCGCCUCGCGUCACUCCACGCGCCGGUCUACAAAUACGUGCUGGAUUACAGAGGACCUGGUCGCCUCUCCCCCGCCGAGCUGUUUGGAAUUGAUGCACCUAUCAUUGAUCCCUCGCACGGCGAUGACUUGGUGUACCUGUUCAGCAACGCAAAGCAGGCAGCGUACCCGGCCGACUCGCCGACGUACACCAUGAUCCGCUUCAUGGUGAGCCUGUGGACGAGCUUCGCUCGCACCGGUCGGCCCAGCUCAACCGUCCUGCCGACGCCCGACUGGCCUGUCUUCACCGAGCACAGCCAGCGCCACAUGCGACUCAAUGCGGAGCCCUCAGUCGGGGAGCGGCUGUUCGAUGAGCGCGUGCGCUUCUGGCAGAGCGUCCGCAUAAACGAGGCCUGGCGGCACGAGGUGCAGACCAGCUGCCUGCCGAACGGGGCUGAGUACGGAGCGCGCAGGCGGCGCUCGGCCCCUUGA